AUGGGAAUCGGCGAGAAUCCAACCUCGAGGGAAAUCCGAGACGAGGAAAUUCUAGGUCUCUUGGAGCGAGUCGUCGAGGAAGGUUCACCUAUUUUCGAGCUUCGAGUGGAUCCUUCACUGAAGAGCGUGCUCGACGGCAAAGAGGGCUUCCGAGUGGAGGGCAACUCGACUAAGAUUUUCAUAACAGGCACCGUCGGAUACGCCGCAGCGAAUGGUCUCAACUUCUACAUACGGAAAUUGCUCGGAGGGCAAUUCAGCUGGUCCGGGAAACGUAUACCUCUUCCGGAAAAAAUGCCCGCUCCCCAGAGAGCGCUGCUCGUAACUUUGCCCGACCAAGUUCGUUACUACGAGAACGUCUGCACUGCAUCAUACUCAUUCGUAUGGUGGCAGUGGCCUCGCUGGCAAAGAGAGAUUGACUGGAUGGCCAUGAACGGCAUAAAUCUACCGCUUGCAUUCAGCGGUCAGGAAAUCGUGGCCGCCGAAGUUUUCAAGACGUUCGGCUGCAACGACACCGAUCUCGCUACAUUUUUCUCUGGACCCGCGUUCCUCUCCUGGAAUCGUAUGGGCAACUUGAGAGGUUUCGGCGGUCCUCUGCCGUCAAGCUGGCAGCUACAACAACAGCUGCUUCAAAAGAUGAUCCUUCGGAGGAUGAGGGAUUUCGGUAUGACUCCCGUAGUCCCAGGCUUCAACGGCUUCGUGCCUCGAGCUUUUGAGCGCCUCCACCCAGCAGUGAGCUGGAGUCGAGCCUCGAGGUGGAACAAUUUUCCCGACGAGUACGCCAUGCUCACGUUCUUGGCACCCACCGAAUCAUUUUUCCUCAACGUGUCAUCACUGUACAUCACCAUGUAUAGAUCCAUAUACGGCAGUGACCACCUCUACAGCGUGGAUCUUUUCAACGAAGAAACGCCGGACACAAACGAUCCGGCGGCCUUGGCUGAAAUGAGCUCGAACGUCUACGAAUCCAUAGCGAAGGCAGAUCCCAAAGGGAUCUGGGUUAUGCAGGGAUGGCUUUUCGUCCAUGGCGGGGAUUAUUGGAAUCAUGAUCGAGUCAAGGCAUUUCUCGGAGGGCCACCUCUCGGAAAAAUGAUAGUCCUAGACCUUUUCUCGGAACAAUCACCUCAAUUUCCAAGGUUUUCCAACUAUUUUGGACAACCGUUCAUUUGGUGCAUGCUCCACAACUACGGAGGCGUGAGUGGACUCUUCGGGAACCUCGAAUGGAUCAACAGCGAACCGUUGAACGUCCGUCGAUCCGUUCCCAACAUGAUCGGCAUCGGAAUUGCACCCGAAGGAACAGGACAAAAUGAAGUAAUCUACGAGUUCAUGGCGGAGAAUUCUUACCGGGAUUCGUCUGAAAACGUUUCACUGUGGCUGCAAAACUACGUUGGAGCCCGGUAUGGGCUCAGCGAUCCCCAUCUGGAAAACGCAUGGGAGCUCUUGCGAAAAAGCGUGUACAGUUUGACCAGCAAAAGUAUAGAAAACCACGGGAAUUACAUCCUCACCCAUCGACCGAAGCUGAAUUCAACGCCGCUCAUAUGGUACAAUGGCAGCGAUGUCAUCGGAGCAGCAACGGAACUUAUCCGAGGGGCGACCCUCCAUCGGGAACUCUGUCAUGAGAGAUUGUUCCACCAGGAUCUUGUUGACGUGGUCCGUCAAGCCUUGCAGGUGAGAGUCUCCGACGAGUACUUGCAGAUGAUGUCCCACUUCAAAGCAAAUAGCCUCAUCGACUUCGAAGAACACUCUCGGCGCCUCCUUCACUGCAUUCGCGUCCUCGACAAAGUGCUGUCAACUGACCCCAACUUUCUGCUCGGAUCGUGGUUACGAGAUUCAAGGGAAUCAGCCGGGCUGGAUCGCGAUCUGCAGGACCAAUUCGAAUUCAAUGCAAGAAACCAGAUUACAAGGUGGGGUCCCAACGGGGAAAUCGUGGACUACGCUUCAAAAAUGUGGAACGGCCUCGUACGUGACUAUUUUGGAAAGCGCUGGCAAGUUUUCGUGGACGCUUUGAAUCAUUCUCUUCGAACUGGGACGAGAGUGGACGAAAGACAACUGGAACACACUAUUAUUAGAGAGGUGGAACUCCCUUUCACCGAGAGCAGAAGGAAGUAUCCUCACACCGCAAGCGGAAAUGUGUGUCGACUCCGGCAGUGGAUUCAGCGCGCUCUCCACCCAAUCUAGGCAAUCUUCCCAAUGGAAUCGCUUCGCUGCCCCAGGGAGGCGGUCCACAGAGCAUCCAUGGCACUCGAAUAUAUCAUUUCCAUCCCAGAAGAGCAGAAAGAACUCGCAAGCA